AUGGAAAAUAAUCAAAUUAUGUUUAUGAACCAAGACGAUUAAGUCUAUAUAUUUAGUGAUGAAGACGAUUAAAUAUCUCAAAUAAUUGAAUAAGAUUCAACUGGUAGAUUUUGUAAGGUAAAUGAUGAAAUGUAUUUUUAGUAUAAUGAAGAAAUUGGUUAAGGAGCAUAUAAAAGUGUAUUUAGAGGAUAUGAUAAUUAGAGUGGUUGUGAAGUUGCCUGGAAUGUAUUUUAAUUAAAUAGUGUUCCAGAAAGUAAGAAUUUACAAUAGUUAAGAUGAAAGAAGAAGAGUAAGAUAAGAGAUUUCAAUUCUAAGCAGUCUUAAACAUGAUAAUAUUAUUAAAUUCAUACAUUCAUGGCAUAAUAAAUCAAAAAAAGAAAUUGUUUUCAUAACAGAAAUAAUAAAUGGAGGCUCUUUGAAAAAGUAUAAUCAUUGCUAUGUUUAGUUAUUUACGUAGAAUCACUAGGCCAAAAUUAAAGGUUAUAAAGAAUUGGUGUAGAUAGAUAUUAUUUGGUUUAGAAUAUUUACAUAGACAAAAUAUAAUCCAUAGAGAUUUGAAAUGUGAAAAUCUUUUAAUUGAUACAAAUAAUAAUGAAUUAAAAAUUGGUGAUUUAGGUCUCUCAAUUUAGUAAUAAAUCUAUAUUUUAAUUUAGAUUGUAAUAAUCUUUUACAACUUCUGUUUUGGGUACUCCUGAAUUUAUGGCACCAGAAAUAUAUUAGGAACAUUAUGACACUAAAGUGGAUAUCUAUGCCUUUGGUAUGUGCCUAUUAGAAAUGGUUACAGGAGUUAAACCAUUUUGUGAGUGUAAAGGUGGUACAGGUUAAGUGAUAAAGAAAGUAAUUGAAUAGCAAAAGCCUCAAUCAAUUGAUGCUAUUUAGAACGAUAAAAUCAAAGCAAUCAUCUUAGAGUAAAUUGAUUUUUUUGCAAAACAGAUGUCUAAAACCUCCAGAAGAAAGACCUUCUGCUACUUAAUUGUUAUAAACUCACUUUAAUCUUCAAGUUACCGAUAAUGACAACCUUCCUGUUCCAAUUAAUGAGUAAUUCCUUUUAUAAUUAAGGGAUGAUAGUAAAAGUAAUAAAAUUAAUAAUAAUAAAAAAAGAUUCAUCUAUUUUAAAAUGUAAUUUAUCUAACAAAAUUAUGUUGACUAUAGGUAGUAGUAAAUUUGAAACUAAUUCAGAAAUUAGUAUUCAUAAACAAACCUAAUUAUUAGGUUUGGUAAAGAAAAAUCUAAUAAUUGAAUCAGAAGAUGAAACUGAACAAAUAUUUAACAAAUAUUACAAAGAUUAUAUUGUAAUUUAUUUUUAUUAUAUAUUUUUAGUGUUUAAAAAAUGAUGAAUCUUUGUAAGAUCUUGAAUAGAGAUAAGAAAAAGAAUUAUAAAUGUUAAAAUAAUUACAUUUAUAAUAAAAACAAGAAUAUUUGAAAAAGACUUCAAAUAAUGUCAACGUUAAAAGUUCAUCCUAACCAUUUUAAAGUUCUGGAUUUCUGUCUCUUGGAUCUUAUUAAAAUUUCUUUGAACUUUAGUAAGAUUCAAUUUGUCCAAAAUAAAUAAUUGAAAGUCCAUGUUUAGAAAGAAAUAGCAAUAAUAGAUUAUUGAAGCUUGAAAUGGUAUAUAUAUUUAUAUAUAAUUUAAUUUAGAUUACAGAUAAUAGCUCUUAAUAAUAAUCAUUUAAUUAGUCAUAACAAGUUGGUAUUUAGCAUAAAAUUAUUGUAGAUAUAUAAUUAGAAGUCAAUAAUUGACAAUCUAAUAAAACAACCAAAAAUAUAAAAUAAAUUAAUUCAAAUAUCUUUCUUGUCUAAACCAUAACUCUAAUUUUUUAUUUUACAUCUCAUAUACUAAUUGUAAAAUUAACAUAUAUUAAAUGAAAGAAGAAAAUCAUUAUGAUUGGCCUGACCCUACAAGAAAUGACCUCAUGUACUUAUCAACAAUCAGUAUCAUCUCAACUUUAAUAUCAAGGAAAUUAGAAUAAAUUACGAUCCAUCUCUUAGGACUAUAAAUAUACAACUAACUUACCUAAAAAAACAUAUUAUAACAAAGAAACCUUUAUUAAUAAAGUUGAUGACAUCCCUAUCAAAAAUAACAAAUUUGAAACUGUAAGAGAAAGUCUCUAUAUUGAUGAUAUUGCUGUAAAUAAUUAAAUUCAAAUUUAGGGAACUAGACCCUAGAUUGCUAAGUUUAAAACCACUAGAGAAACAAACCCAGUUGAACCUAUAUACAGAAUUCCUUCAUAUUAAGGAGCUGAUAUUCCUUAACCUAAUAAAUUUAUUAGAGACACAUUAAACAUAUCAGAUAUUCAAGGUACUGUCCCAAAAAUUAAGAUCUAUAAUCCAAGAAAUGUAGAUCCUUACACUUUUAUUGAAGGCUCUAAACCUAAAUAAUUAAGACAUCUUAUUCACCCUUAAGAAGAAUAAGACAUGAAGAGAACUUCAAUUAGAUAAGUUAAUCCUCUAUAACCUUUUUAUAAAUGGGGAGAGGAGAUAAUAGGUCCUGUAGAGGGAUCACAACCUUAUAAUCAUUGCAAAGACAGAAAUAAAUUAAAAAGUCUUUCCUUAUAUACUAAGGACAUAACCGGAGCUUAAUCAGACACUGUAAAGAAAAUCCCGAAAGAAUCUUAGAAGAUAACAAAUAAUACCUAAGAUAUUUAUAGAGCAUAAGCUAAUACUAUAUAAAGAGGAAUGUAAACAAAGAGGCAAACUAAUCCGUUACAACCAGCUUACUAAUUAUUAGGCUAAAGUGAAUUAUACAAUCUGCAAUUCAAAUGAA